GCACCCAUAUUUUCCUCAGCUCAAAGCUUAAGAGAAAUGGACUCAUAACAUUAGUAGUAAAAUUAGGAAACACUUGUGAAUAAAAUUAUUUAUUUUUUUUCUAUUUCCUAAUUAAAUCGCCGAUUCUUAUAGCCGCGGCAGCGCACCUUAUUCCGCCGCCGUAUAUGGCCAAAGGUAGGAAAUUAACAACCAGCCGCAGCGAGCGUCUCUUAGGAACAUAUGCUUAUUCUUACAACCAAGGCUCUGUCGCCGCUGACCCGUCGGAGCUCCGGGAAGAGGAUAUCUGGUCCACCACCGGCGAUUCUGCCGAUAAUGACUUGAAUACUUCCGAUGACUGGGAGCCACAGCAUGCUGCAACCUCCGAGAGUAACGGCGGAUCGUCCUAUCGGAAUCGGCGCCGGAUUAGCCAGAACGGCGACGACCACCGCCAAAUAGGUGGUUUAUCACUUGCGUUUGAAGAUCCGGCGAGUAACACCGCGACGAUGACGGCGAGGAUCGUGCACCAGUUCCGUUCACACGAGAGCGUGGCUUCAUCGCCACGUGGACGACACGUGGCAUCUUCCUUGCCCGUGAACGUGCCGGAUUGGAGUAAGAUACUCCGAGUUGACUCGGUUGAGUCACUGCACGACGACGAUGUCGACGAUGAUGAUUUGGAGAUGGUUCCGCCACACGAGUAUUUGGCGCGUAGCCGUAAGAUGGCGGCGAAAUCGGUUUUCGAAGGUGUGGGUCGGACUUUGAAAGGUCGUGAUUUGAGCCGGGUUCGUGAUGCUGUGUGGAGUCAGACCGGGUUCGAUGGUUGAAUGUCCGGUUCAGGUGGUGGCUUUUUUCUUGUCUAAAAAAUGGUUAUUGCUUCCGCCUUGUUUGUAAUUUUGUUAAUUAUUAGUUAGUUGUUGUUGUUAUUAAUAUUGUGGUUAAUUAAUUAAUCAUAUUCCACUUGGUGGUUGUUGGUUAAUACUCCUACAUUUGUUUAAUUAUUAGAAUGGGUUGUUUAUUUUAUGUGGGCAAUGAUUCGGUUGGGUGGACUUGGCUGAAGAGAGUCCAACUCAGUGGCCAGUGAGCCUAACUAAGCAGCAAGCAAAUGCUAAUUAGCAUGCAAUAAUUGGAACAAUAAAAGUUGUAAUUUGAAUUGCUGAAUUCUGAUUAAGAAUUCAACAUAAUGAUCUCAGGCUAAGGUCACUUUAGUUUUGAUUUUGGUUAA